AUGACUGCAAUCGAGAGCUUUGACAGCAUCUAUCUUGACCUCUCCAAGGAGAGCGGUAAAUGCCGGUUUGCCGAGACGGGCUUCGGCUGGAAGCCUUCUGGCGGCGGCGAGACCUUCACCUUGGAUCACAGCAACAUCAGCGGUGCCCAGUGGAGUCGGGCGUCCAAAGGCUACGAGAUCCGCAUCCUGCACCGCAACUCGGGCAUCAUCCAGCUCGACGGUUUCCAGCAGGCCGACUACGACAGACUGAGCAGGGUCUUCAAGAACUGGUACAGCACCGUCCUCGAGGCCAAGGAGCACGCCCUCCGAGGAUGGAAUUGGGGCAAAGCCGAGUUCUCCAAGGCGGAGCUCACCUUCAACGUCCAGAACAAGCCCGCCUUUGAGGUUCCCUACUCGGAAAUCGGCAACACCAACCUCGCUGGCCGCAACGAGGUCGCCGUCGAAAUGUCGCUACCGCAGGACGCAAACGACACGGGCACGGACGGCCAAGGUGGUGCCCGAGGCAAAGGAAAGAAGGCCGGUGCUGGCCGAGAUCAGCUCGUCGAGAUGCGCUUCUACAUCCCGGGCACGACGACGAAGAAGGAGACGGAGGGAGACGAGGGCGCCAGCGACGACGGUGGCGAGGAGCAGAAUUCAGCCACCCUCUUCUACGACACCCUCAUCGAGAAGGCAGAGAUUGGAGAGAUGGCCGGCGAUACCAUUGCUACCUUCCUCGAUGUCUUGCAUCUUACCCCUAGAGGACGAUUCGACAUCGAUAUGUACGAAGCCUCAUUUCGCCUUCGCGGCAAAACCUACGACUACAAGAUCCAAUAUGACGCCAUCAAGAAAUUCAUGGUACUUCCCAAACCCGACGACACCCAUUGCAUGCUCUGCAUCGGCCUGGACCCACCGCUGCGGCAAGGCCAGACUCGCUAUCCCUUUGUCGUGAUGCAAUUCAAGAAGGACGAGGAGGUGACCAUCGACCUCAACCUUGAGGGAGAGGAACUCGAAGCCAAGUACAAGGACAAGCUGGAGGCCCACUACGAAGAACCACUGCACCACGUUGUGGCCAAGAUCUUCCGCGGCCUCGCCAACAAGAAGAUUUCAUCGCCCGCCAAGGAUUUCAUCACCCACCGAAGCCAGUACGGCAUCAAAUGCUCCAUCAAGGCCAGCGAGGGCUUCCUCUACUGCCUGGAGAAGGCCUUCAUGUUUGUUCCCAAGCCUGCGACGUACAUUGCCUACGAGCAAACGCAGUCGGUCACCUUCUCCCGCGUCGGCGGUGCCGUCUCCACCUUGUCCACCUUUGACAUUACCGUCGUUCUGAAGAACGGCGCCGGCUCCUCGCAGUUCAGUAACAUUAAUCGUGAAGACCUGAAAGCCCUAGAGACCUUCUUCAAGCUCAAGGGAUUGAGGGUCAAGAAUGAGAUUGACGAGGACGCCAACAUCCUCGCCGCCGCCCUGCGCGAACAGGACAUGGAUGAAUCCGACGAUGAAGUUGUCGCCAGCAAGAUGGAUCGAGGGUCGGCCGACGAAGACGAGGAGAGCGUCGACGAAGAUUUCCAGGCAGACAGCGACAGCGACGUCGCCGAGGAGUUUGACAGCGACCACGACAGCUCCGGAUCGGCUAGCGGUAGCGACGCGGAGAGCGACGUGGAUGAGGACCAAGUGGAUGAUGAAGACGAGCCAGAGGAGCGCCCAAAGAAGAAGACGAAAACGGGUUAG